ACACGCACUUUAGGAUGCUGAGUCACUCGAUCCCAACGUUAAACACUGGAAAACGCAAUUUCUCUGUGUUUGAGGAUCGUCCUAAAACCUAAGUCAUGGCUUGUUCCGGCUGUGACGGUGAGAUGUGCCUGGAGACUUCGGAGACUAGUUAUUUAAUGCCAGCCUAGGCCAUCUUGAUCUCUCUCUGGGAAAGGACAAGUUUUUACUUUGCGUAAUCCUUAAAUGAGAGUGAAUAAAGCCUAUAUACAGAAGAGAGACUCCAGUCAACAAUAUCAAUAAGUUGAAAAAGAAGAAUGUUGUCCUUAAACAACCUACAAAAUAUCAUCUAUAACCCGACCAUCCCCUAUGUCAGCACCAUUACCGAGCAGUUGAAGCCUGGCUCUUUGAUUGUAAUCCGUGGGCAUGUCCCUAAAGAUUCAGAAAGAUUCCAGGUAGACUUUCAGCAGGGCAACAGCCUGAAGCCAAGAGCUGAUGUGGCCUUCCACUUUAACCCUCGCUUCAAAAGGUCCAACUGCAUUGUCUGCAACACCCUAACAAAUGAGAAGUGGGGCUGGGAGGAGAUCACCUACGACAUGCCCUUCAGAAAAGAGAAGUCCUUUGAGAUCGUGAUCAUGGUGCUCAAGAACAAGUUCCAGGUGGCUGUGAAUGGAAAGCACGUCCUGCUGUAUGCCCACAGGAUCAGCCCAGAGAAGAUAGACACACUAGGCAUCUACGGCAAAGUGAACAUUCACUCCAUCGGGUUCAGAUUCAGCUCGGAUUUACAAAGUAUGGAAACAGUUAAUCUGGGACUGACACAGAUAAGCAGAGAAAAUGUUCAAAAAUCUGGCAAGCUCCAGUUGAGCCUGCCAUUUGAAGCAAGGUUGAAUGCCUCCAUGGGCCCUGGACGAACCGUUGUCAUUAAAGGAGAAGUGAAUACAAAUGCCAGAAGCUUUAACGUUGACCUAGUGGCAGGAAAAACAAGGGAUAUUGCUCUGCACUUGAACCCACGCCUGAAUGUGAAAGCAUUUGUAAGAAAUUCCUUUCUUCAGGAUGCCUGGGGAGAAGAGGAGAGAAAUAUUACCUGCUUCCCAUUUAGUUCUGGGAUGUACUUUGAGAUGAUAAUUUACUGUGAUGUCCGAGAGUUCAAGGUCGCGGUGAAUGGCGUGCACAGCCUGGAAUACAAGCACAGAUUUAAAGACCUGAGCAGUAUCGACACACUAUCAGUUGAUGGUGAUAUCCGUCUGCUGGAUGUAAGGAGCUGGUAGCUACCAUGACUGCCAAAACCCUCGAAAUACAAAGUGGAUUAUCGGAUACUGGCCAUGUCAAAUGCAUCUCGCUUUCCCCCAUUGUUUAUAUUGUUAAGUUGAGCUCCUACAGCAUCAAGUCCUACUGGUGUUGUCAGGCCUGGCCAUGCAAUGUGGCUACCUCUCCAUUCAGAGGAACAGAUCCGGGGCAGUCAUAGCUCACUGCCAGGGAGCCUCUGCACACUGGGCACCUCUUGUAAAAUCACACUGAGCAAAUAUUUAAGUGCCUAAUAGACUACAUAUACUAGCUAAUAGGGAUGGCAAGCAAACUUCCUAUGUCUAUUCUCUGAGCUGGCCACAGACACGGCAGUGCCCAGAACUUGUGUAGUCCUUGUUUUCUGGCACUUAUGUGUCACAUGAAUGUAGGGUCAUCUUGCUGGCAUUGCGUUAAGCCAGCUGGGGCCUUUGCAGUUAAGGUCAGAAACAUAUACUAAUGGAAAGCACUACUUCCCAGCAAUCCUUUUCAUAAUCAACAAUCCAUCAUAUCUCAGAGUUGAAGACUGCGUAACAUUUAUUUAGCUCUUACUGCUUUAAACUUUAUAAAUGUAUCAUGCUGACAACACAGCAGACAAACUGAGGCCAAAUCCUCAACUGUGAUAAAACAAGUGUUCUGCUCCACGUAGAUUUCUGCUGAUUGAUUGGCACUCGAGUCCAGGUAGAAGUUGGAUAAAUGGUUUGUAAAACCAUCUUGGGUGGCUAACAUCAGAUAUACAGUCAGUAGAUAAGACAGGCACUAUCUGUGAAAAGGUUGAGCUGUCGUGGAGACCAGCCCUCGUGCCUUCGGGUCUGAAGUUUUCGGUCUGUAUCAGCAGCGAGGUCAGCCACUGCUGUCUGCUAAGUCAACUUGCAUCAGCAGAUUCAGCUUCUGGACUCCUCUAACUUCCAGAAUUUGACUGGAACCCUAGGCAGUCUUUCUUCACAGGUCCAAUCCCGUUACAGAUGUCAAAGGUUUGGGUGUGGGGAAGAAGAGCUAAUGUCAUGGGUCAUUGUAUGACAUUAAACCACAGGAUAGAAUUCUGCCAGGGCUUAGGAGUAUUCAGUCCAUUUGCCCAGAUCUCACUUUUUAGGAAGUACUCAAGGCUGCAACUGCUUACUCUUAAAAACUCAUAUGGGGUGGUAGGUGGAGCUGGGCAAUCUGUAGGGAGGCCAGAGGGUCUAGAUCCCCAGUUACUUCUUCAUAAAGAAUGCAUUACUGAGAUAUUGGGGGCUGAAAGGCACUCAGGAAACAAAUAAAAGCCCAUUCAUACAAAAGCUUAUUUUUUAUUUCUAUUUUUUUACACAAAGCUAUUAAGACUGAUUUUGAAUAGAUUCAGUCUUAGUCAGACUCUGGUCUUUUUAAAGAGCUGCUGGAAUUUAUUAGGUUGUGAGACAUUUUGUUGUAUAUUCCUAAAUUCUGUCUCUAAACUGCAAAAUGCCUUUUUGCUUGUCCUAAUUCUGCAUUAAAGUUUUAUAUUAAAUCAGAA